AUGGCGCAGCUGUCCGUCUUGCUCGAACACGCCCGCCAGUACUCACCAGUCACCCUCUCUGCAACUUGUAUACUGGUUGUAACCAUAGGUUUCUUACUCAGCUUGUAUCGUCUAGCUCUUCCCAAGCCAAUACCAGGCAUUCCCUACAACAAAGGCUCUGCUUCGAAACUAUUCGGCGACGGCCAAGCGUAUCUCAAGCAUUGCAAAGAAUAUGGAGGAACCUUCGCCACUUACUGCCAAUCAGUAGCCAAAUCUUUGGACGCACCACUCGUGCAGAUCUUUAUCCAGCCUUUCAAACAACCACUUCUGGUCCUUGCAGAUUUCCGAGAAACCGAAGCCUUGAUGCGCCGCAAGGACUUUGAUCGCUCCGACGACAUGGGCGAUAUGAUCCUGGGUUUGAUGCCGCAGCACCAUCUCAGGAUGAAGACCGAUGCAGCGUGGAAAGCUCAACGUCUACUCACCAAGGGCCUCAUGCUCCCCUCGUGGCUGCACGGCGUUGCAGCUCCUGAGAUAUGUCAGCAUGCGCUCUCAAUGAUUGAGUUAUGGGACUUCAAAGCCAGACUUGCCAAUGGAAGGCCUUUCGAGGCCUCGGAAGAUCUACGUCGCAUGGCAAUGGAUGCUGUAAUGUCUUUUUGUUUCGGACAGAGGUUCCAAGAUAUGGCAACCAGACCUGCUAUCGAAGCAUUGCAGCUCAAAAACUUGGGCCUGGCUAAACUAGACGAGUCCGAACAACCAGUCAAGUUUCCCACAACGACACUUGGCCCUUUGCUCAGUGCACUCGACACCCUCUUCGAAUCAGUCGGUAAGAUUCGAGGAAGUCCGAAGCCAAGCUUGACUUGGGCUUAUAUCUUGCGAAGGCCACGCUAUGCCCAUGCACUCCGACUGAAAAACGCAUACAUCUCUGCGGAGCUACAGCAUGCAGUUGAACAACUACAGGAGAGCAAAGGGGACGAUACGGAAAAGUCGGCCGUCCAUCAUAUGGUCCUGCGCGAGAAAAGUCUUGCGGAAAAGGAGAAGCGCGAGCCUCAAUACCUAUCUCGAGUCAUGAUGGAUGAACUGUACGGGUUUAUAUUCGCAGGAAUGGAUACAACUAGCACAGCAAUGUCUUGGGGUGUCAAGUUCCUGGCUGACAGCCCCCGAGUUACAACAUGUUUACGGGCAGCACUACGAGCGUCAUUUGCAGCCGCAGUCUCAGAGGAUCGAAACCCAACCGUUGAAGAGAUUGUCGGAACACAUGUACCCUACCUUGAAGCCACUCUUGAAGAGAUCCAUCGGUGCGGCGGCACAACUCCAAUUGUCGAUCGCCAAGCUGUCGUCGACACGCAGCUUCUUGGCCAUCAUAUCCCCAAAAAUACCAAUGUUGCAUGUUUGACAAUGGGACCAAGCAUGAUGGAGCCCGGCUUCGAUGUUGAUGAGACAUGUCGUCAUGAGAUGAGCCGCGGCACAGAGGGAGAAAAGACGAAACACUGGGAUGUCAAUGAUAUGGCUUUCUUCAAACCUGAACGCUGGAUCAAGGAUGACAGGUUCAAUCCCGGAGCAGGGCCACAGCUGGCCUUCGGUCUGGGUCUCCGAGCCUGCUGCGGAAAGCGACUGGCGUAUCUGAACAUGAGGGUAUUGUUUGCACUGCUCGUGUGGAACUUUGAGCUUCUGCCUUGUCCGAAGAGCUUGUCAGAUUACAGCUCCAAAUUGAUAGUGACAAACAGGCCGAACACGUGCUACGUACGCUUACAGAAGAUCAGUUCCAGUAAUUGA